AUGGAGAAUUCAGCGCCCGGUGAGUCCGUGAAACGUUUCGAAUCGAUGAAUAAACGAUGAGUUCAGAAGAGCAAAUGUCCGUCGAGGAGUUGAUUCGCGAAAAGCUGCGUCGAGAGCCCAUCAAAAGUGCUCCGUGGCGAGUCGCCCAGUUUUUCGAGGUGAAACUUUGAUUUUCCGCUGAAAAUUUCGCAAAUUCUGUAAUUUAAGAAUGAAGAUAAUAUUGGCGAAGAGUUUCUGGACAAAUCGCUGGAUAAACUGGCCGAAAUUCUGCCCGAAUUCGAGGAAAACCACCGUGAAAUCAUCGAAGAGCUGCAGAAACUCACUCUGCUCGCCGUGCCAAUGUUCCGCAAAUUACAGCUAAGUCAGUGUGAACACUCCGAAAAGAUAAAGUUGAUAGAGAAUUCUUUAAAAAUCCCAAAAAUUUGCAGUGACGAUCCUGACGAUAGUGCGUGAGGCGUGCUCGAGUUCUCAGGCGUUUCCACUGCUGCCCGAUUUCCCGAAACCGCCGGCCGCCAACCUUCUCAACCACAUUUUCCGCGACAAUUCAUUGAGCGACGAAGAGAAGAAGCUCGAGUUCCAGCAGAUCGCGAAGAGCACGCCGGAAGUGUUGCAGCACUUGAUUUCGUGGCGGGACCACGUGGCCGCAUACGUCGACGGACUCGCCGCGUUCUUGGGCGAGCACGGAAAGGAAAUGAGCGAGGAGCAGAAGGAGCACGUCGCUUUGCUUUCCAAGCGAUCUCACGACACCAUACUCAGGAUUAACACUAAAAUUCAGCAGAAGGUAGGCUGACCGGAGGCCGCCUCGCCUGAAUUUUUCAGGCGAAGACAGCCGGACGCCUUUGAAAGUCGGGCGCAGGCGGCCGUCCGCUUUCGAUGAGCAGGCGAAGACGAACUGUUGUCUUUCCCAAAAAAGCGGAACACCCGACUUUCAAAGGCUUCAAACGCGUUUUUUCGCCUAUUCUGCCAGCCUAGCAGAAGGUUCCUUCUCACUUUUCCAUAUUUUCUUCAAAACCACAUUUCCAGGAGGAUCAAAGUGAGGAAGAGCGCCGAGAAUUCGAGAAAUUCCACGUCGUCCUGUCUCGCGACGCGAAAUACGCCGAAAUGGAGCCAGAAGUAGCACGCGCACAAAUUCAGCGCGUUUUCAACGAAACCGAUCACACUGUGCGCAGAAUUUUGGCCGAAAGCGCUCUGAAAACGGUGAAGGCGGAGCCCGUGGAGCCGGAAGACGUGCUCAUGGAAUCGGAAACGGUCGUGACGAAGAAACGAGCGUCCGACGGCGGCCAAAGUAAGUUGCAGGCCUUUUUCUCGAAUUUUAAACAGUUCUCUAAUGGGUUCAGUUCAAUUCAGAUGGAAUCAGUCACAAAAAGGCGAGAACGAUUCUCGUGGAGGCUCGCGCCGAAAAACCGAUCACACUGGCCACGCUAACCGCUGA